UAUAAGGAGAAUAAAGCAGAAGAUAAGGAGAUGGACACCUCAACUUCCCAUCUCCCCUACUUUCUUUCCCUUCCCCUCUAAGCCCCCUUCACCACUUUCUUUCUCUCUGUAAUUCCUUUUCUUUUCCUCCAAAUCCAAACUUAAAUUUGAAAAUGAGUUCAUCAUCAAGCACCCCAAAUACUUGGUCACCUUAUGAUACUUACAAAGAUUGCUCACAAGGUAUUUGUAGCAUGUAUUGCCCUCAAUGGUGUUAUUUCAUUUUCCCCCCACCCCCUCCUUUUGCCAUUGAUGACGACGAUGAUGAUUCGUCCACUGAUUUCUCACCUCUAAUUAUAGCCCUAAUUGGGAUCUUGGCUAGCGCAUUCAUCUUGGUAAGUUACUACACCAUCAUCUCCAAGUAUUGCCGACGGCGUAGGCAAAGUCAUACAAGCUUAGAUUUCAAUGAAAACAGGGAUGAAAUCAACCAUGAUGGAUGGCAACCUGGUUCACAAGGCUUAGAUGAAAGCCUUAUUAAGGCUAUUACUGUUUGUAAGUUCAAGAAAAAUGAGGGUUUAAUUGAAGGAACUGAUUGUUCUGUUUGUUUAAGUGAGUUCUUGGAAGAUGAGAGUUUGAGAUUGUUGCCUAAAUGUAAUCAUGCUUUUCAUGUCCCUUGUAUUGAUACUUGGUUAAAAUCUCACUCCAGUUGCCCCCUUUGCCGUGCCAAUAUUACAUCCACCAACCAACCCGGCACCGCUGCUGCCACGGCCCAGGAAGGUCACCGGAAUGUUGGUGUAUCAGCAAUUGUGUAUCAACAAAGGAAUGAAGCGAUUUCAGUGAUCCAGGAUUUGGAAAGUGGUGUUAGAGAAGAAGCUGUGGUUAGCCUUGUUGUUAAUGAAGAUUUUGGGAAAACAACAGCAGAUGAAGACGAUGUUUCCGACAUGGCGGUGUUGGAAAUCAGACAAGAUGGGGAUCCAAUCCAACCACUGAGAAGAUCAGUUUCAAUGAGUUCUACACUGUUUUCACAAGGACAAGCGAUGUCCAUUGCUGACAUAUUGCACAUCAGUGAAGAAGAUGAGGAUGAACUGCAAUCAUCAAUGGGAACUGGAUCCUCAAAACAAUUUGAUGCAUCAGAAUAUUAUUGCAAGUCAAAUCACAGAAAUGGGGUUUUCAAUUUGGUUAGAAGUCCUUUAGCAAUGAAGAGAUCUAUUUCUACAGGAAGAUUUAUGUUCCCAAGAUUUGAAAAAGAGAGAAAUUGAAUUUUCAGAUUGCGCCCAAAUUGGGAAAAAAAAAAAAGACUCAAUUUUUCUGUGCAUAAAAACCCAGUUUUUUCUUUUACCCCACUGUAACAUAUCAGAGACACAACAUAAUGGAGAUCUCAGAUUCUUACGUUUACUGAAUCAAUAUUCCUUUAUCUUCUGAAA